UCGAGAUUUCAUGAGUCGUAAUGAAACUGCAUCAUGCAUUAUAUCUAGUUUGUUUUUUGGGCUUUAGCCCCGUUUAUCACUCAAAAAAAAAAAAAAAAAAAAAGAAAUCAACCAAAUUCUUUUGAUGUUAAGCCUACUGAAGCCAACUUUAGCCCACGUCUCCUACGUCGCUUAAACCCCUAAAACCCUAAAAAAAAAAUUUCAUUAAAUGAAAAAAAAGCUCAAUCCCUAGGCUUGUCUUCUCGAUCGAUUUUCUACCUCAGCACUCAGCAGCACUCGGUUCCAUUGCAGUCUCUGUGCAGCUAACAGUUGGAUUCCGGAAGUCGACUCUGUCAGCUGUAAGAAAAAAUGGCGGAUGUGGUCCAAUACCGGAUGGAGCGUAUGCUCCCGGAGUUGGACGACCUGGAGAAGGAGGAACUAUUCACGAGACGUGAGCUUGCUGAGAUUGUCAAGCAGCGUCGCAAUUUUGAAUUCCGGCUCAAGCGGCCGAGCCCACUCAAGGAGGACUACCUUGCCUACAUUGACUACGAGACUAAGGUCGACAAGCUGAGGCGCUUGAGGAAAAAGGCAAAGUUGCCUGAGCGGGAAGAUAACGAGGAGACGAAGAUGAAGAAAAAGAGGAAGAGGAAGUCAGUUUCGGACUUUGCUGGUGUCAGGAGGAUUCUUGAUAUUUAUAGGCUUGCUGUCACCAGGUUCACUGGCGAUCUUGAACUCUGGUUUCGCUACCUAGACUUUUGUAAAGAGCGACGAAAUGGUAGGAUCAAGGAGGUCUUGAAUAAGGUAAUCGGGUUUCAUUCCAAGCAGCCAUCUGUUUGGAUAUAUAAAGCUGCUUGGGAAUUCGAUAACUACUCAAAUGUCGAAGCUGCCCGUAAUACAAUGCUACAGGGGUUGAGAUUUUGCAAAAAUUCAGAAGAUCUUUGGAUAGAGUAUCUCCGGAUGGAACUCACAUUCCUUAAUAAACUAAAGGCUCGGAAGGUUGCUCUUGGAGAGGAUGAGGGUAGUCUGGUUCGUGAUAAGAUUAGUGCUGAUGAGCAACAAUGGAAAAGUGAAAACAAAGAUUUAUACAUGCCUCUCAAUGAAGAAAGAGAAAAUGAUGAUAAUAAUGAAGGGUCAGAUAUCCAAGAAAGCAAGUCAACAAAGAAAGUUGAUAAGUUAGAAGAGGUAGGUUUUGGCGUGAUAAAAACCAUAUACAGUGAAGCAGUUAAAGCUCUUCCCUCUAGCUUUACCCUGAGAAAGCGGUUUUUGGAGAUCUUGGAACCUAUCAACUUGGCUAAGUCUGGGGAAAUGCGUGAGGAAGUACUAAGUGACAUGAAGAGAGACUUCUCAACAGAACCAGAGUAUUGGGAUUGGCUUGCUAAAUUCGAAUACAGUCCUGCAAGUACACAGGAGGAGAUGAGUGAAGAAAUCACAUUUUCUCGUAUUGGAAAAGCCAUUCAGGUCUAUGAGGAUGCCAUAAAAGUUUUGCCUUCAGCCAUAAUGUUCAAGCACUAUGCAAAGUUUCUGAUGGGUACUGUAGCUCUUCUAAUAGGAGACAACAAGCCUUCUCUAGACAGUCAAUCUGCUAGUUAUAUUUCACGUCUUUUGGGCCUUUACCAAAAGGCUGAUACAAUCGGGUGCACUAAUGAGGAACUUGGCUGUGAGCAUAUCUCAUUUUAUUUGCAACUUGGAAGAGUGGAUGAAGCUCGGAAACUGGCACAAAAUCUUUGUUGCGGAAAAUUUCCAAAUUCGGCAAAGGUACGGGUAUUAUGGGCCUCGAUUGAAAUGAAGCACUUACCAAGGGAUCUUAUUUCUCCGAGCAAAGAUAAGCUGCUAUCGAUCUUUGAACUUGUAAAAGAUGGUUUGACAAGACUGUCCAUUUCAGAAGCUGAGAGCUUGUGGGUAAUGGCCCUUAAAUUCUUUGCCAUUCAAAAACAUUAUUUUGACAUGUUGGUUGAGGUUGCUGUUACAUCGUUAAUUGAAUAUCGUGGCAGUGACGAAGGAUUUUCCCUCUCUUCUGUUAUUGUUAAUUUUGUUCUUCAAAAAGAUGGAAUUGCACAUGCUAGAGAGAUGUAUAAGCGCUUUACAGGCUUACCACGCCCUGGGCUAGUUCUAUAUAGGACCUGCAUUGAAUUGGAAACAAACCUUGCAUCAAAUGGUGAUAAAACUGGUCUUGAAAAUGCCCGGAAGUUGUAUUUUUCUGCACUACAGACUUACGACCAAGAUUCAAGCUUGUGGCGAGAUUUCUGGCUUAUGGAGACCAAGAUGGGAACAUCAAAGACAGCUUCUGAUGUAUCUUGGCGUGCGCGCAAGACUCUAAAAGACAGUAGUGCACUUUCGUUGCCAGAUUUGUGAUAUUAGUAAUGCAGACUGCUCUUCAAUUGUAACUUAAGGGCACCUAGUUAUGAAACAACACGAAGUUAUAGCUUACUUGAGACGGGGAUCAAGGUAGAGAAGUGACUCAGUGGAACCAAAGUGAGGGACCCUAGUCUGGACCCCAGGGGCAUUGUGGUAAUCAUCCGAAACUGCGUCGUAAUAAAGCGUCAUCCGCUGAGCAAAACAGCUGGUGAACGGAGCAAUGAGGACGGUCGGGUCGAACCACAGUCCUGAACCAGCCGUCCUUCUUCUUCUGAAACGGGUACCAACGGUUGCAUAACAGACCGGAGGGCUUGUACUCGUUGGUUAACCGGGCUUCCAGCUGGUUCCCACCAUUCCCAGGUAUUAAGAUCAGAGGGUGGAGGUUGGUAGUUCCUGCCUGACACUUAUACAGCAUCAAAACCAUUGAUGAGAACACCAGCAACAGUUUCAAUCCUGGUGAUGGCUUCAUGAUUUGGUUCUCUGAUCUGAUGUUUUGGAUUUGGCUGUCAUCAUGUUUGGGACCUUGGGUUGUAGAUAAUGUGCAAGUAUCUUGCUCUGCUACAAGUUUGUGGUUAAGAAUGAGAUACGUAAUGCAUGCAUAUUCAUCUUGUUUGGGCGCAUAGAUAAAGAUAUUUAUAGUGGGGCAUGAUACAUCACUAUUUUUAGU